AUGUUAGUAUCACCAUUUGAUUCCGCUGGAAUCGAAAAAGAUGAUAAUGAAAUAGAAGAUUUGCUAAAAAACGAACAUUCAAUUAUUUAUCCACAAGUUACUAUCAAUAUACAACAAACAAAACAAACAUUAAAUGAUAUGACAGAACGUCAUUUUGAUAUUAUGCUAUUUGAAAAUAGUAUUCAAGAAAUACAUGAUAUGUAUACUUGUUUAGCUAAUAUAGUUGAAUUGGAAGGAAUAAAAGUUACUUCUAUUAACGAAUAUUUAUCCAAAGCAGCUGCACAUACCGAAAAGACUAGAGCUAUUAUUCUUGAUGCUAAAAUUCUACAUCAUCCUUCAAGAAAAUUAUUUAGAAAAAAAAUUGUUUCAUUAUGUUCAUCAUCAUGGCGGUUAUUUGCAUCGUGUAUUUAUUACUAA